GCCUGGGCCGGAGCCCGAGCCCGAGCCGGAUCGCGGCGGUCCUCCCCUUCCCCCCCCCCCGCCUCGUGACCCCCCCCCCUCCGCGGGCAGCCGAGGGCCCGGGCUGGCGGGCCGGGGGCCAGGAAAAAGCCGAAAACACCGAGGCUGGGCCGCUCCCCUCCCGCUCAAAAUAGCCCCCGGCCGGGGCUGCCACGCAUUCCGCCGGGCCCGGGGCGCGGGAAGGGGCGGCUGGCCGGGCCCCCGCCCGGCCCGACGUGGCUGCCCGGCCGGGUUGGAAGGGGGGGCGAGGGCGGGCCGCGCGGCCGGCCGGCAUGUGGCUCUCCUUCGGGGAGCCUUGGCAGCCCGGGCUGCGCGCUGCGCCGGGAUGAUGGAGAGCUUCUGGAAUUUCCUGCAGCUGGAGAGCGCGGCCGGCCUGGGGAGCGGGCUGAGCGUGCGGCUCGGGAAGGGGCGCCUCGCAGCCCGACCCUAGGGGGCGCCUCGGCGGCGAGGGUUGUCGGGGGAGACCCCACCCGCCCCCAGACUACGGGAGAGGAGGGCGGCCCACCUCCCCUCCCCCACCGCUCUCUUCGGGUCUGGCGGGGGUCCAGUCCCGCCCCUCCCGGCCUGGACGGCGGAGAGGGGCCAGGUCCCGAAGUCCAGAAAAGGGCUGCCGGGAGGGAGGGGCUUCCUUUUACAGGAGCCCUGAGAUCCGGGGGAGUAGAUGGGAGCUUGCCUGCCUAUCUACCCAUCGGCCUGGACCCCAGAGCCCGCCCAGCUAAGUGCGUGCAGAGGGCCCCGGAUUCGGGGCAGCUCUCAGGCCGCCGCGGAAACCACCCUGGAAUCACUGGCGAAGACAGGCCUUUCCUGCUGAGCCGGGCCUCUCUGCACAGCCUGCUCAGGCGCUGUCCACACCCCGAGGCCUGGGCUCAGGCCGAAGUUGCUCCACAGCACCCCCCAGCUGACAGCCAGCGACUGGCAGAGCCCCCAGGCACGGGGGCCCUCUCUCUACCAGAGGUCUCCAGUGUGACAGCCCAGGCGGCAGAGCCGAGGGUCCUGGUCCCGGCUUCUCGCACCCUCAUGUCAGCCCCGGCCCCGCCUGGCGGCCCGCGGAGGACAAGGUCAGGAUGCGUGUGAAGCCCCAGGGCCUGGUGGUGACUUCCAGUGCCGUGUGCAGCUCUCCUGACUACCUCCGGGAGCCCAAGUACUACCCCGGCGGCCCCCCCACCCCCCGGCCCUUGCUUCCCACCCGGCCCCCUGCCAGCCCGCCCGACAAGGCCUUCGCCCACACCUUCUCCGAGAACCCGCGCCCACCCCCACGCCGGGACCCCAGCACCCGGCGCCCACCAGUCCUUGCCAAAGGGGACGACCCGCUGCCCCCGAGGGCGGCUCGGCCCAUCUCACAGGCUCGCUGCCCUACACCCGCGGGAGACGCCAGCAGCUCCCGACGUCGCUGGGACAACGGGCGGGUGAACCUGCAUCCAGUGGUGCAGCUGAUUGACAUCAUGAAGGAUCUGACGCGGCUCUCCCAGGACCUGCAGCACAGCGGUGUGCACCUGGACUGCGGUGGGCUCCGGCUCAGCCGCCCGCCCGCCCCACCGCCUGGUGACCUUCAGUAUAGCUUCUUCUCCUCACCCAGCCUGGCCAACAGCAUCCGCAGCCCUGAGGAGCGGGCCACUCCCCAUGCCAAGUCCGAACGGCCCAGCCACCCCCUCUACGAACCUGAGACUGAGCCUAGAGACAGCCCCCAGCCCGGCCAAGGCCAUAGUCCCAGCGCCACAGCUGCGGCCACUGGUCUGCCCCCGGAGCCUGAGCCCGACGGCCCUGAUUACUCAGAACUGGCUGAUGCCGACAUCCUUAGUGAGCUGGCCUCCCUUACUUGCCCCGAGGCCCAGCUGCUGGAGGCCCAGGCCCUUGAGCCACCAUCGCCUGAGCCAGAGCCUCAACUCUUGGACCCCCAGCCCCGCUUCCUGGACCCGCAGGCACUAGAGCCACUCGGGGAAGCUUUGGAGCUGCCGCCCCUGCAACCUCUUGCUGACCCUCUGGGGCUGCCAGGCCUGGCUCUACAGGCCCUGGAUACCCUGCCCGACUCCCUGGAGUCACAGCUGCUUGACCCUCAGGCGCUUGACCCCCUGCCCAAGUUGCUUGAUGUCCCUGGCCACCGCCUGGAGCCCCAGCAGCCCCUGGGGCCCUGCCCACUGGCUGAGCCCUUGCGCCUGGAUUUGUGCUCACCCCACGGCCCCCCUGGGCCUGAGGGUCACCCCAAGUACGCCUUACGGCGCACUGAUAGGCCAAAGAUUCUGUGUCGCCGGCGGAAAGCUGGACGGGGGCGCAAGGCAGAUGCUGGGCCCGAGGGCCGCCUGCUGCCCCUGCCUAUGCCCACAGGGCUGGUGGCUGCCCUGGCUGAGCCCCCGCCACCACCACCUCCGCCACCUCCUGCCCUGCCAGGCCCAGGUCCAGUCCCAGAGCUGGAGCUGGAAUCUUCCCAGACUCCGGUGGUCACUACCCGCAAAGGCAAGUGCCGGGGCGUGCGGCGCAUGGUGGUGAAGAUGGCCAAGAUCCCUGUAUCACUGGGGAGGCGGAACAAGACCACGUACAAGGUGUCGUCCUUGAGCAGCAGCCUAAGUGUGGAGGGGAAGGAACUGGGCCUGCGUGUAUCGGCAGAGCCCACCCCACUGCUAAAGAUGAAGAACAAUGGACGCAACGUGGUGGUGGUCUUCCCACCCGGCGAGAUGCCCAUUAUUCUCAAGCGUAAGCGUGGCCGCCCUCCUAAGAACCUGCUGCUGGGUCCUGGCAAGCCCAAGGAGCCAGCAGUGGUGGCAGCCGAGGCAGCCACCGUGACAGCAGCCACCAUGGCCAUGCCGGAGGUGAAGAAACGGCGGCGGCGGAAGCAGAAGCUGGCAUCUCCCCAGCCAUCCUACGCAGCAGACGCCAACGACAGCAAAGCCGAGUACUCAGACGUCCUCGCCAAGCUAGCCUUCCUGAACCGCCAGAGCCAGUGCGCCGGGCGGUGCUCACCGCCCCGCUGCUGGACACCCAGUGAGCCCGAGUCAGUGCACCAGGCUCCUGACACCCAGAGCAUCUCGCACUUCCUGCAUCGUGUGCAGGGCUUCCGAAGGCGUGGUGGCAAAGCAGGCGGUUUUGGUGGCCGGGGUGGGGGCCAUGCAGCCAAGGCAGCGCGUUGCUCCUUCAGUGACUUCUUUGAGGGCAUUGGCAAGAAAAAGAAGGUGGUAGCAGUGGCACCUGCUGGGGUUGGGGGCCCCGGCCUCACUGAGUUGGGGCAUCCACGCAAACGGGGCCGGGGGGAGGUGGACGCCGUGACUGGGAAGCCCAAGCGCAAGAGGCGGUCCCGGAAGAACGGGACUCUGUUCCCAGAGCAGGUGCCCAGUGGCCCAGGCUUUGGGGAGGCAGGUGCUGAGUGGGCUGGGGACAAAGGUGGUGGCUGGGCCCCUCACCAUGGGCACCCAGGUGGGCAAACUGGCCGAAACUGUGGGUUCCAGGGGACCGAGGCCCGGGCCUUUGCCUCCACUGGGCUAGAGAGUGGGGCUUCAGGCCGAGGCAGCUACUACAGCACGGGCGUGCCUGCAGGCCAGACCGAGCUCAGCCAGGAGCGCCAGAACCUCUUCACUGGCUAUUUUCGCUCACUGCUGGAUUCGGAUGACUCCUCCGACCUCUUGGACUUUGCCCUCUCAGCCUCUCGCCCUGAGUCCCGGAAGGCAUCAGGCACCUAUGCAGGACCCCCCACCAGUGCCCUACCUGCCCAGCGGGGCCUGGCCACCUUCCCCAGCCGGGGAGCCAAGGCCAGCCCAGUGGCAGUGGGCAGCAGUGGGACUGGGGCAGACCCCUCCUUCCAGCCUGUCCUGCCCGCUCGCCAGACCUUCCCACCAGGCCGUGCAGCAAGCUAUGGGAUAACCCCAAACACUUCAGAUUGCCGGGCAGCUGAGACCUUCCCGAAGCUGGCUCCCCCGCCUUCAGCUGUGGCCCGCUCACCUACCACCCACCCACCCACCAACACCUACCCCCCCCAGUAUGGCGGCUAUGGGGCUGGACAAAGCGUAUUCGCGCCAGCUAAGCCCUUUACAGGCCAGGACUGUGCUAAUAGCAAGGACUGCAGCUUCGCCUAUGGCAGUGGCAAUAGCCUGCCUGCCUCGCCCAGCAGCGCCCACAGUGCUGGCUAUGCCCCACCACCUACUGGUGGCCCCUGCCUGCCACCAAGCAAGGCGUCCUUCUUCAACAGCUCUGAGGGGGCCACCUUCUCUGGUUCAGCCCCUACACCCCUGCGCUGUGACAGCCGGGCCAGCACCGUCUCGCCCGGUGGCUACAUGGUGCCCAAGGGCACCACAGCCUCUGCCACCUCUGCUGCCUCUGCCGCCUCUUCCUCCUCCUCCUCCUUCCAGCCCUCGCCUGAGAACUGUCGGCAGUUUGUGGGGGCUUCUCAGUGGCCUUUCCGGCAGGGCUACGGAGGCCUGGACUGGGCCUCAGAGGCCUUCAGUCAGCUCUACAAUCCCGGUUUUGACUGCCACGUCAGCGAGCCCAACGUGAUCCUGGACAUCUCCAACUAUACACCACAGAAGGUGAAGCAGCAGACAGCCGUGUCUGAGACCUUCUCCGAGUCGUCCUCCGACAGCACCCAGUUCAAUCAGCCAGUUGGCGGUGGUUUCCGGCGUGCCAACAGCGAGGCCUCGAGCAGUGAGGGCCAGUCGAGCCUGUCCAGCCUGGAGAAACUGAUGAUGGACUGGAACGAGGCAUCCUCCGCCCCCGGCUACAACUGGAACCAGAGCGUCCUCUUCCAGAGCAGCUCCAAGCCAGGCCGUGGACGGCGGAAGAAGGUGGACCUGUUCGAGGCCUCUCAUCUGGGCUUCCCAUCAUCCGCCUCGGCUACUGCCUCAGGCUACCCAUCCAAACGGAGCACUGGGCCCCGGCAGCCACGGGGUGGACGGGGCGGCGGGGCCUGCUCAGCCAAGAAGGAGCGGGGCGGUGCGGCAGCCAAAGCCAAGUUCAUCCCCAAGCCACAGCCGGUCAACCCGCUGUUCCAGGACAGCCCAGACCUUGGCCUGGACUACUAUAGCGGAGACAGCAGCAUGUCACCACUGCCCUCACAGUCUAGGGCCUUCAGUGUGGGCGAGCGAGACCCCUGUGACUUCAUGGGACCCUACUCCAUGAACCCAUCCACGCCAUCCGACGGCACCUUCGGCCAAGGUUUCCACUGCGACUCGCCCAGCCUAGGUGCCCCUGAACUGGACAGCAAGCAUUUCCCGCCACUGGCCCACCCGCCCACCGUGUUUGAUGCUGGCCUGCAGAAGGCAUACUCACCCACUUGCUCACCCACACUGGGCUUCAAGGAAGAGCUGCGGCCGCCACCCACAAAGCUGGCUGCCUGUGACCCCCUCAAGCAUGGGCUCCAGGGGGCCAGCCUGGGCCACGCGGCUGCAGCCCAGGCACACCUGAGCUGCCGGGACCUGCCGCUGGGCCAGCCCCACUACGACUCUCCCAGCUGCAAGGGCACAGCAUAUUGGUACCCGCCAGGCUCAGCUGCCCGCAGCCCACCCUACGAAGGCAAGGUGGGUACAGGGCUGCUGGCUGACUUCCUGGGCAGGACGGAGGUCGCGUGCCUCAGUGCCCCACACCUGGCUAGCCCACCGGCCACGCCCAAGGCCGAUAAGGAGCCAUUGGAGAUGGCCCGGCCACCUGGCCCACCUCGUGGCCCCACUGCAGCCACUGCUGGCUAUGGCUGCCCGCUCCUUAGUGACUUGACCCUGUCCCCCGUGCCGAGGGACUCGCUGCUGCCCCUGCAGGAUACUGCCUACAGGUAUCCAGGCUUUAUGCCACAAGCGCAUCCUGGCCUGGGUGGGGGCCCCAAGAGCGGCUUCCUGGGGCCCAUGGCGGAACCUCACCCUGAGGACACAUUCACCGUCACCUCCCUGUAGUGCCAACUGAAGUGCCGACUGGACCUCGAGGUUUUGUUCCUGGCUUUCAGAAAACCAACGCCAAGACCCCUCCCAGCGUCCACAUCGUCCUCUGGCAGGAGCGCCUGCCCCUCUGCCUCUCGUCCCCCUCCCCCUGCACCCCCUGCGGCCCCAUCUCCCCCCACCCCCCCUUGCCCAUCUCCUCCACGCAGAAGCCGAAGGUGAGCCCUUUCUGCACAAAACCAGCAAUUGUAAAUACUUUUUAAAAAUGUACAAAAGUUAAAAACAAAACACAGUUUUAGAAAAAGACAAAAAAGAGAGAGAGAGAGAGAGAGCGUGUGCAAGAGGUUGCAAGCGGGGCCCCAAGGUGUCCAGAGCCCCUGCAAGUAUGCACUGAGAAAUUUAUCUACAGGUCGUUUGACAAAAAUGAACAAUAUCCUAUUUAUUGUAUAUACUGUUUUAUUAUAAAUCGUGGAUUGUAUAUUGCAUUCUGUAAACCUGCUGUGGUCCCGUGGUGUGCAAAUUCGCAUGGUGGGGGGGAGGGAGAAGAACCUCUUGCGGGAGCUUUUUUUUUCUUUCUUAUUUUUCACUCUUUUGGGUUUUCUCUUCUGUUGUUGUUGUUGUUUUCUGUUGGCAGGACACACCCAAAGAUCCAAGUUUGUAUUAAAAAGAAAUGAAAAAAAAGCAAAAAAAAAAAAACAAAACAAAACAAAAAAACCUCGUGUCUUGUGAAAGGGGGUGAGUGAGGGUGGCUGGAAUGGAAGGAGCAUAUCUGAAUUUUGUCACCAGCCACUGGUUCCCCAGAGGAGCUGAAAUACACACGUGUCCUCUGCCUCUGAGAUCUGAGUCACCUUUGCAUCUGGGCUCCCCCCACUUACACCCUAGGCCCUGGGUCCCCCCUGCCUCUGGGCUCCCCAGUCUGCCCCAUAGGGCUUCCUGGCCCAUGUUCCAUGCGUUCUGUCCCAGGUCCAGGGAUUCUGCCUUUUAGGUCUUAUUUUGCCCUAGGUCCUGGGUCUCCCCUGGUUCUGAGACCUCUAUUCUGUCCCAAGUCCCAGGUCUCCCUGCCCCUGGAUCACACAUUCUUUCCAAAGUGCGUGGAUGCCUGCCUCCAGGACCCUUAUACUCCCCCAAGUCCUAGGUUUCCUCUCCCUAAGGACCCCCAUUAUGAGUCAGGUCUUGGGUCUCCCCUGCUUCUAGACCCCCUCAUUCUAUCUUAGGUCCCAGGUCCCUGACUCUUGCCCCUUCAUUUGUCCUGUCUCCCUAGCCUUUGGGCCCCAUAGUUCUACUCUAGUUCACAGACACCUUCUCUGAGACACUCAUUCCAUCCUAAGGCCUAAGACCCUUGUGGGACACCCCCCUUUCCCACAAGGACUGGAGUACCCCCUGUCUGUGUGUCUCCCAUUUGCUCCAGGGCCUGGAUCGCCUCUGUCUCCAGGCCCCCCAUUUUGCCCCAACACACCUGCAUCUGCCUUUGCAAACUGCCAGUAACUCCAAUAUUUCUGGCUUCCCCUUUCUUUCCACUCUGAACCCCAAAUGCUGGGUUUGUGUUUCCUGUUAGCUUUUGUAAACUUUAGAAAAAGAAAACUCCUAAUCCUGUGCCUAAUUCUGAUGGAUGGACCUGGAAGGGCUGAGCUAUUUCCCACUCCCUGACCUUGGGAAGUUCUUGGCUGCCCUUGACCAAGUAAUGCCCACUUUGGGCUGCCUGACCUUUAGCAAGCAGCUGUUCCCAUAGACCCAUUUUAUGUUAAAGCUCUGCCCAAUGUGGCUUCUCUGUGUCCCUCCCUGCUGAAGCUCAGGGAGACAGCUCCAUGUGGCCUGCCCUCCCUGACCCAACCAGCAAGGCCCAGCUUUGGGAGAGUCAGAGGAACCCUCCAUCUGAGGGAGAGAUAGACCCCUGCCUUCUGGGCACCCCUGUCCAAAAGAGGAGGCUGGAGGAUUCAGACAGUCCCUAACAGUCCCUAGAACUGCAGCAUCUGUGCUGGAUGUGCAGGUUCAUCCACCUACCAAGCCCCCUCCAAUGCAGCCCAAGACCAGAUGAAGACACUCCCUGCCUUCCUGCAUGGUGGGGCAAAGGCAUCAACCCUGUGCUCAAGCCAGAUUCCCUGUGGCACUGCAAGUGGGGCCAGGGAGCAGUAUGACUCCGGAGAGUUUCCCAGAGGAGAAAACAUUUACAGAGCCAAGGCUGGAGUGCUAGGCAGAAAAAUGAGGGGUUCCCAGAGGAGGAAAGAGCUUGUGCAGAGGUCUGGUGUACAAGAGGGUAACAGGGUGGAAGCCACACGUAGCGAGGUCUGUUUGGAGUAGACGCUAUGUAUUUUUGGAGAGGGGAGAGGGCUUUGGCAAGGUCU